UUAAACACAGUGAGCAAAUAUCAAUAACAGAUUCAGUUAUAAUUUUCUGUUUCUUAUAAAUUAUUGCUGCAUUUCAUGCUUAUGUAGAUUAUUACGAUAUCGGAGCCCCUCUUAUUGAAUGCCGUCAUUGUAAGGCGAUUAUGUGGUAUCAAGAGAGGAUGCAUAAAAGCUCUCACUCCGCCAACCCCAAGUUUAUGAUGUGUUGUGGGAACGGGAAAGUCGAACUCCCACUACUUAGACAGCCUCCGGAAACCCUUGCAAAACUUUUAUUUGAUCACGAUAGUUUAGUUAGCCGCAAGUUUCAACAACAAAUCCGAGUGUACAAUAUGAUGUUUGCAUUCACGUCACCGGGAGCAAAGGUGGACAAUCAGUUUAACAAUGGACGUGGGCCUCCAACCCUAAGGAUACAAGGUCAAACGUGUCACCGAAUUGGAAGUUUGUUGCCUCCUCAAGGUCAAAAAGCUAAGUUUGCUCAGUUAUAUAUUUAUGACACAGAGAACGAAGUCGAAAACAGAAUGCAAGGACUAAGGAACAAAGAGGACUUUGAUCCAUUGGUUGUCAGUCAGCUAUCAACCAUGAUGUACGAAUUCAACCCUCAUGCCAAGAGUUUUCAAAUGGCAAGGCAAUGGUUAAAUAAUGGGGAAACUCCAAACUUGAAGCUGCGUCUUAUUUCCAGCAGAUCCACUGAUGGGAGGGUGUAUAAUCAACCAACUGUGUCUGAAGUGGCAGCUUUGGUUGUUGGUGAUAUUGACACUGCGGAAAUGAGGGAUAUCAUAAUGCAUACAAAGGGAGGAAGACUUCAAAGAAUCAACGAACUGCAUGCCGCUUACAUGGCUUACCAAUAUCCUUUGAUAUUUCCUUAUGGUGAGGACGGUUAUAGACCUGAUGUAGCACACAGAGACUUGGCCGGAAACGAAAACUCCAUAAGAAAUAGGCUCACAAUACACGAAUGGCUUGCCUUUCGCAUUCAGACAAGGUUAUCUGAAGCUAAGACUUUGUUAUCUUCUAGAAGGUUGUUCCAGCAAUUUCUGGUCGAUGGUUACACGAUGUUAGAGUCCGAGAAACUAGAAUGGCUACGUAAAAAUCAACCAAAGCUUCGGGUGUCCAAGUACAACUCUUUAGAGAAAGAAGGCGAUCAAAGUCAAGCUCCAGGAAUAAGCAUAGGUAAACGAGUUGUUUUGCCCUCCUCCUUUGUCGGCGGUCGUAGGUUUAUGGAUCAAUUGUACUAUGAUGGGAUGGCUAUAUGCAGUAAAGUCGGUUUUCCUGAUUUGUUUAUUACUUUUACAUGUAACCCAAAUUGGCCUGAGAUUCAAAGAGUACUUGGCCCUCUACAUCUGAAGCCUCAAGAUCGAUCGGAUGUCAUUUCGAGAGUUUUCAAGAUCAAAUUUGAUCAACUGCUUUCAGAUUUAACCAAAAAAGGCGUUCUUGGGAAAGUGCUUGCCUAUAUGUACACCAUCGAGUUCCAAAAGAGAGGAUUGCCUCAUGCCCAUAUUUUGAUCUUUUUGCAUCCUUCAAACAAAUAUCCAGGACCUGAAGACAUUGACAAGAUCAUAAGUGCUGAAGUGCCUGAUCCCAAAACACACCCUCGAUUGUACAACUUGGUAAAAUCUCACAUGGUCCAUGGUCCUUGUGGUUUGGCAAAUCUCAAAUCACCUUGCAUGAAAGAUAACAAGUGCACCAAGUUUUAUCCUAAGAAAUUCCAACCUACAACUAUAGUGGACCAUGAGGGCUAUCCAAUUUAUAGGAGAAGAAACAACGGUCACACAAUUGAAAAACACGGCAUCAUCUUUCACAGUGGUCAUGUUGUUCCUCAUAAUCCAAGUUUGUUGUUGAAAUACGAAGCCCACAUCAACAUGGAAUGGUGCAACCAAAGUACUUCCAUCAAGUACCUCUUCAAAUAUAUUAACAAAGGUUCGGAUCGUAUUUCUGCAAUCAUCCAAGGUCAGGACAAAAACAACGUUGACGAAAUCAAGCAAUAUUUGGAUUGUCGAUACAUCUCCCCAAGUGAAGCAUGUUGGAGGAUAUUUUCUUAUUCUAUACAUGGAAGGAAGCCAGCCGUAGAAAGAUUGUUUUUCCAUAUGGAAGGUGAAAAUUCCGUGUACUACAAAGACUACGAGCAAGUUGGUGAUGUUUUACUCAAACCAAGUGUAACCGAGUCAAUGUUUACAUCUUGGUUUGAGGCAAACAAAACUUAUGAGGAAGCAAGAUUACUAACUUACGGUGAUUUUGUUUCCAAAUUUGUUUAUCAUAAAAGAAGUCGCACAUGGAAACCAAGGAAACGAGGGUAUACUUGGACGACUCAUUUGGGUUCCCCAAAGCACCGGUGAAUUAUUUUAUUUGCGGAUGAUGCUCACGGUCACUAAGGGUCCUUUAUGCUAUAAUGACAUCAAGAAAGUUGACGGCAAACAACUUAAAACUUUUAGGGAUGCAUGCUUUGCUAUGGGAUUUCUACAAGAUGACCGAGAAUUUGUCGAGGCGAUCAAAGAGGCACAUCUUUGGGGUUCCGGUCCAUUUUUACGGAAGUUAUUUGUGACAAUGUUGUUAUCUGCAUCCAUGAAUAGACCAGAACAUGUUUGGAGGAAGACUUGGAUGUAUUUAUCGGAUGGCAUUCUUUAUGAUCAACGUUUGUUCGCUGGAAAUCAAGGUAUUUUAUGUUUGGGUUCACUGUACUAUUUUUUUAAACCAAUUGCUUAUUUUUAGUGUCACUGCCAUGUUGCAUAACAAUAGGGGUCUCUUGCAUAAUACAUGUUUAGUGGUAGAUUACAAGUCCAUGAAUAUAUGCAUUGCAUAUGAAGUUUGGAUUUCAGCGUGCAUGACUUCGUAGUUAUUAGUAUAAUUGUUUUUUAAGUGAGAUGCUGCCAUGUUUCAGGCAGUUUCAAUUCCAUUAUAAUAUUUUCUGCUUGCAAUACCAUUACAUAUUCAACUAAACUAUGGCAAUAUAUAAUAUAUAUCAUGUGUACCUCCCUGUUUAUUGUAUGCUGGAAAAUCAAACUUCAUAUGUUAAUUAUUGAGAGAGGUUUGGAUACGUGAUAUAUGAAAAACCUUGGCUGGGGAAUUGCAACACAUACUUCAUUUAUUUAUAAUAUGGGUUCAUAAUUGGUUCGUGUUGCUUAAAUGGUCACAAGGCAUAAGUAUUGUCACUUUAAGCAUUUCUAUAUUUGUAUAACAUUUUUUUGUGUUAAACAUUUAUUUCUUAGGCCUGACAAUGACCGAUGCUGAGCUAAAAGAACGCACAUUAAUGGCCAUUGAAACACUUUUGCAAAAUAAUAAUCGAUCUCUAAAAGACUUCAAGACGAUGCCGUAUCCAAAAGAUUAUGUCGUCUCCUUUACUGGCAAUAGGCUACUUUACGAUGAACUUCAAUACGAGGUUGUUGGUCAACAACACAUUUUUGAUACUUUGUAUGCUUCUCUUACAGAUGAGCAAAGAAGCAUUUUUGAGGAAAUCAUGGAUGCUGUAGAUAGGCAACAAGGUGGGGUGUUUUUUCUAUAUGGCUACGGUGGGACUGGUAAGACCUUUAUGUAGAACACUUUAUCAGCAGCACUUAGGUCUAGAAAGAAAAUUGUUUUGCCGGUUGCUUCAAGUGGAAUUGCAAGUUUGUUGCUUCCAGGUGGAAGAACGGCUCAUUCUAGAUUUAAGAUUCCUGUUCCCACUUUAGAGACUUCUAUUUGUAACAUUGAAAAAAAAGAUCAUCUUGCCGAGCUUCUAAAGUUUACGGAUUUAAUCAUCUGGGAUGAGGCUCCAAUGGCUAACAAGUUCUGCUUUGAAGCUUUGGACAAAUCCUUAAAAGAUAUUAUGAGUGGAUCCACACAUGCAUCUAAAAAAGUAUUUGGAGGUAAGGUUGUUGUCUUUGGUGGUGACUUCAGAGAGAUUCUCCCAGUUAUACCAAGAGGUACUAGAUCUGAUAUUAUCCAUGCAACAAUCAAUGCUUCUUAUAUUUGGGAUCAUUGUAAAGUUUUGAGGCUUACAAAGAACAUGAGGUUGCAAAGUGGUCCACCUACUGCUACAGCUGAUGAGAUUAGGACUUUUUCUGAGUGGAUUUUAAAUAUAGGAGAUGGGACCAUGUGUGAGCCUAAUGAUGGUUAUGCUGAUAUUUGUAUUCCAGAUGAGUUCUUAAUUUCUAACUUUUCAGAUCCCAUUCAGGCAAUUGUUGAAGAUACAUAUCCUGAUCUCAUUCAUAACUAUCUUGAUUCGAAUUAUCUUCAAAGUCGUGCAAUCUUGGCUUCAACAAUCGAAGUAGUUGAUGAUAUCAACCAAUAUAUCACAAACCUUUU